AUGGCUGCUUCGGUCACCAUGAAGCUGGGGUUGCUCAUUCUUCUAUCCAUCACUACCUCUCAUCAGGUUCUAGCGGCGCAGCAGCAGCAUACCAUCAACGUCCAGUCGUUGCUGUCCAGCGAGAUGUGCUCCUCAGAGCCUGCAGCUCCAGAUUCAGUUAACCCGUCAUCUCGUCCGGGAGCUGGCAGCACCCACCAAAUCGUCCGCCGCGCUUGCGUGCAGACCGGCGACCACAAGACUACUCUGUCAGACCACUAUGCCGCUGUCCUGCACCGCGACCUACACCGAGUCCGGUCCAUCCAUCGCCGCCUCACCGGGCCGCAGAGCACGACCACCAUUCCUGCCCAUCUCGGCCUUCCCUUCCACAGCCACGAGUACGUCGUCACCAUCGGCAUCGGAACCCCGCCGCAAAACUUCACGGUCCUCUUCGACACCGGCAGCGACCUCACCUGGGUCAGGUGCACGCCCUGCGCCGCCAGCUCCUGCCACGCCCAGGAGGAACCCUUGUUCGAGCCGAAGAACUCUACCACGUACGCCGACAUCCCGUGCGACGCGCCGGAGUGCCGUAUCGGUGGCUUCCAAGAAACCAGCUGCGGCGUGAACGGGUCGUGCGCGUACACCGUGCAGUACGGCGACAAAUCCCAGACUUUUGGGAAUCUUGCCAAGGAGACUGUCACUCUGUCGCCGGAGGCGCCUCCUGCCACCGGAGUCGUGUUCGGGUGCAGCGACAACACCACUACCCCCUUCCAAAACACAGGGGUCGCCGGCCUGCUUGGCCUAGGCCGGGGCAACUCGUCCAUCCUCUCGCAGACACGGGGCACCGGCGACGGCGGCGUCGUCUUCUCCUACUGCCUCCCACCGCGCGCCAGCUCCAUCGGAUACCUCACCAUCGGCGUGGCUCCGCAGCCGUCGAACCUGACGUUCACGCCUAUCAAAACCGCCGCCGAACCUCUGCUGAGCUCUGUAUACGUGGUGGACCUCUCCAGCAUCUCCGUCAACGGCGAGGCCGUCCCUAUACCCGCAGCGGCGAUCUCCGCAGCGACGGUCAUUGACUCCGGCACGGUGAUCACCCACAUGCCGGCCGCGGCGUACUACCCCCUGCGCGACGAGUUCAGGCGUCACAUGGGCAACUACACGAUGCUGCCGGAGGGGUUGGCGGGGCGCCUGGACACGUGUUACGACGUGACCGGGCACGACGUCGUGACGGUGCCCCCGGUGGCGUUCGAGUUUGGUGGCGGCGCCAGGAUUGACGUGGACGCGUCUGGGAUACUGUCUGUGGCAGGUGCCUCAGGUGCCGCGGUGGCGUGCCUGGCCUUCGUGCCCACGGAUUCGGUGGACAUCAUGGUCAUUGGUAACAUGCAGCAGAGGGCGUACAACGUUGUGUUUGAUGUCGCCGGCGAGAGAGUUGGGUUUGCACCAAAUGGGUGUUAG